AUGUCGGCCGAUCUACGAUGGCUCGCUAAACAGAUCGUCUUGUGCCUGCUUAUACUAUGGACAGUAGCUGUUCUUGUUGGCCUAGUGUUCACCUUUCUGCCGAAUGAAGAGAAGAACAGCACGGCUAUUGCUGGUUUUACUGAUGAAGCAAAGUCAGCUAUGCUCACACUUACCUAUGACACAAAUAUCACCACUAAUGGAUCAUUGGUAGUUACAGAUUUAUCCGAACUUGCCGAUCAAAUCGCCAAAUCCUAUAGUAUAUCUCGCAACAUGAUACGCGUGUUUUCUGCACGAUUUAUUCGAAGUCUCAUAUUGACAAGACGAAAACGAAAGAGUGCAGUGUCAAGCAAACAGAGUAGUAAUAUGGAAACUGGAAACUUGUUUACCGUCGGACUAGAGGCCGAUUACCCAUAUUCUUGCGGUGGCAUAACAAUGUGCAAUGAUUUGUACAUUGGUCGUAUUCGAAAUACAGUGCAGAGAACUGAUCCAGUCACUUCAUUUAUAGUAACACUCAGUACCGGCACCCAAAUGAUGAUUGCUGCUACAUUUAAAGCGUUCGCGCAAAUAACCUCCACAACCACGACAACACAAUCUACCUCUACGACAGAGUCAACAACAACAACUACAAGUACCACUUCAAUUGCGUCUCCCACAACAACUACACCCAAACAAGCCGCAACGAUUACAACAACAGCAAUAGCAACGUCUACUAAAACGGAAACCACAGUUCAAUUUACUAUUACCCUAGGACCCAUUCAAUCCACAACAAUAGCUAACACACCAACAACUCAGUCUACAGCCACCGCCAUGGUAUUUACGACAUCCACUAUUACAACACCAACAAUAACGACACCAACAACUCAGUCUACAGCCACUGCCAUGGUGUUUACGACAUCCACAAUUACCAUACCAACAAUUACGACACCAACAACUGAGACUACAGCCACUACAAUGGUGUUCACGACAUUCACAAUUACCAUACCAACAAUUACGACACCAACAACUGAGACUACAGCUACUGCAAUGGUGUUCACGACACCAACAACUGAGACUACAGCUACUGCAAUGGUGUUCACGACAUUCACAAUUACCAUACCAACAAUUACGACACCAACAACUGAGACUACAGCUACUACAAUGGUGUUCACGACACCAACAACUGAGACUACAGCUACUGCAAUGGUGUUCACGACAUUCACAAUUACCAUACCAACAAUUACGACACCAACAACGGAGACUACAGCCACUACAAUGGUGUUCACGACAUUCACAAUUACCAUACCAACAAUUACGACACCAACAACGGAGACUACAGCCAUUACAAUGGUGUUCACGACAUUCACUAUUACCAUGCCAACAAUUACGACACCAACAACGGAGACUGCAGCCACUAACAUGGUGUUCACGACAUCCACUAUUACAACACCAACAAUAACGACACCAACAAUAAUGACACCAACAACUGAGACUACAGCCACUACAAUGGUGUUCACGACAUCCACUAUCACCAUACCAACAAUUACGACACCAACAACUGAGACUACAGUCACUAACAUGGUGUUCACGACAUCCACUAUUACCAUACCAACAAUUACGACACCAACAACUCAGUCUACAGCCACUAACAUGGUGUUCACGACAUCCACUAUUACAACACCAACAAUAACGACACCAACAACUCAGUCUACAGCCACUAACAUGGUGUUCACGACAUCCACUAUUACAACACCAACAAUAACGACACCAACAACUGAGACUACAGCCACUACAAUUGUGUUUACGACAUCCACUAUUACGACACCAACAACUGAGACUACAGCCACUACAAUGGUGUUCACGACAUCCACAAUUACCAUACCAACAAUUACGACAUCCACUAUUACCACGCCAACAAUUACCACACCAACAAUUACGACACCAACAACUGAGACUACAGCCACCGCCAUGGUAUUUACGACAUCCACAAUUACCACACCAACAACUGAGACUACAGCCACUACAAUGGUGUUCACGACAUCCACAAUUACCAUACCAACAAUUACGACAUCCACUAUUACCACGCCAACAAUUACCACACCAACAACUGAGACUACAGCCACUACAAUGGUGUUCACGACACCAACAACUCAGUUUACAACCACUACAAUUGUAUUUAUGACACCGACUACUACGACCUCAACAACAACAACAACAACUACUACUACAGGUUCUACGACAACAGCAGCAACAGCAAUAACUACUGCUACUACUAGCACAACCACAACCUUAACGACUACAACAAUAACUACUCCUACAACGCCAACAUUACCAACGUCAACAAGUUCUACGACAACAACAACACCUACUAUUAGUACAAUGACAACCUUAGCAACAACAACGACAACGGCAUCUACGACAACAAUAAUAACGACUACUACAAGUACUUCUACGACAGCAGCAGCAACAACCACUAGUACUACUACGACAACAUUAACGACAACAACAUCAACUACUACUACCAGUACAACGACAACAACAAUAAGUACUACUACAAGUACUACUACGACAACAUUAACAACAACAACGUCAACAACUUCUACGACAACAACAACAUCUACUACCAGUACAACGACAACAAUAAUAACUACUACUACAAGCACUUCUACGACAGCAGUAGCAACAAUAACAACAACAACUAGUACUACUGCUAGCACAACAACGACGCAAAGUUCAAUUCAGAUUUGUGCAGACUAUUUCACGAGUAGCUCUGUUCUUUAUUUUGUUACCAAUCCAUCGACAAACAUUUGGGGAUAUCCUAGUUACGUGCAGUACUCUUUUAAUCGAACGGCAACUACGACAAAUACAACCAUUGGAUUUUUCUUUCGGAACGAUCCUGGUGGCUGGAUGUUGGAUGAUGUGUCAGUGUAUAUUGGAAGUACACAGUUGGCUGUCAACGGUGGAUUUGAAACUGGUAAUUUAAAUGGUUGGGUUUAUCGCACGAGUGGUAGUGCUUGUCUAUUAAAUAAAGGACAAGCUUAUUCUGACUCGUGGCCCUCAUCGAAUCAUGCGCAUGGUGGAACUUAUUACUACUAUGAUCGGUGUAGCAGUGGAUGUGAUGUGAUACAACAAUCGUUUGUGACUGUUCCUGGGAAUAUUUAUAUAAUUAAUUUUUAUCUCACAAACUACGGUUGUUGUGGAACUACAUCAAUUGCAGGUGUUACAUUUUCAUGA